GGUGUGUUAAAAAUAAUAUAACCCUAGGAGUUCAUUUAGAUAUAGGGAUAAAAUAUUGGGUGCAUAACCUGCAGAAUGCUUUGACGUUAUACGAAAGUGUUUGAAGAAAGUUUGUAGACUGUUUUUAUUAAAACACGUGGUAAUCUGGAACCGCCGCAAUGACGAAAAUUAGGAAAGUGAAACGUAGAAAGAAGUUUCGUAUGAAUGUGAAUCGUAAACGGUUACGAAAUAAAUUGAGAAAAUUACCGACAAUAAAAUGCAAAGAGUUGAAAGACUCAUGGGAAGUGACUAAAUCUACGCGGACUAACUUGAAUCAAAUGGGACUGGCGUAUGACCCAAAUGAAUUAUUAGAAAUUGCUAGUAACAAAAAACAACUUGUUGAAAAGUUUACUGUUGAUAACAUAGAGAAUGUACCAACAAAUGAAGAUGUUGAAAUGACACCAGUAAAAGUGCAUGUAGCAGAAGCACUUGAAGCAGAGGCAAAAGCUCCAAGGAAAAGAGUGUUCAGGUUACCAAAUAAUCAAGUACAGUUUCUUACCUACUUAAUGGAUAAGUAUGAGGAAGAUUAUAAGGCAAUGGCACAAGAUAAAAAGAAUUAUGAUCAAUUAACGUGGAAACAAAUACGGGCUAAAAUAAAAGUGUUUAAGGGUAUCCCUGAGCAAUAUAAUGCAUAUCUUCAAUCAAAGAUAAACAAUAACAACUAGUUUACCGUUGAAUGUAAUAAGAAUAUAUUUUUGAAAUUUGUAUAUAAAGUAUUUAAAAUAUAAAAUAAAUAAACUAAUAUCAUUGUUUAGGUAAGUACAAGAAAUUAAGAAAAACA